CAGUGAUCACAUCGGAUUAUAAGAACUGUUCAUCUUGUGCAUAUCUGGUGUAUUUUUUAUUUUUUGUUCUUGACUUCAUUUAGUUUCGCACUCAAUUGGAAUGGAUUUUAAUUAGAACUCAGUUCGCUGAUGGAAAAUUAAAUGAAAGUGGAAGAAAGCCGCUGCACUUGAUCGGAUUCAAUCGAGGAUUAACAUAAGUGGAAAAAAAAGAUGGAGCCAUCCCUUAGGACUUUCGUGGUUUCUAUACUUCUGGUGGCUUCGCUCGCUACUUGCAGUGGACAACAGUAUCAGCACUUCAGGAUUAAACCGAAAGAUGUCAAGGUGCAGGAAGGUGGUGAAGCCAUGCUCGAAUGCGAGGUGGCCAAUGUUGCCGGUCAGGUCCAAUGGACUAAAGAUGGAUUUGCACUUGGUUUCACGGCUGAAAUAGCCGGUUUCCCUAGAUAUUCGGUGAUCGGUGAUCGUCGUCACGGGGUCUACAAUCUCAGAGUCAGCAAUGCGUCUCUUGAGGACGACGCCGAUUACCAAUGCCAGGUCGGACCCAGUCGCGGCAAUAAGGCCAUAAGGGCCAACGCCAGACUCAGCGUUAUAUCGCCACCCAAUUCCGUGGAGAUAUUGGAUCACCAAUCGAAUUCUAAGAUCGAGAUCAAAGAAAAUCAAGAAUUCACGUUGGAAUGCAGGGUGAGGAACGCGAAGCCCGCAGCAAAAAUCGUCUGGUACAGGGGAAACGUCCAAAUGAAUAUACGCAAGGAAGACGAAAACAUAAUAGAGGUGGCCGGAUCCAGCAGGCACCCCAAAGUUGCGCGUUAUGACACGCACAGUCGCAUCACCCUCAAACCCACUGCAGAGGACGAUUAUGCAGAGUACACGUGCGAGGCUCGUCACGAGGCUCUCUCUCAAGACAUGCCCAUGAGGAGUACUGUUCAACUUAGCGUUCUAUACCCACCUGGACUCCCAUAUAUUGAGGGUUAUACUGAGGGUGAGACGAUACGUCGCGGCCAAACGGUUGAGCUGAUCUGUAGGAGUCGCGGUGGAAAUCCUCCGGCGCAGUUGAUUUGGUAUAAGAAUGGAGAACAAAUCCGUAUGGCAUACCGAACCGCCGGAAGGGUCUCUGAGAACGUGUUUACAUUCACUGCAGAAGCCAGCGAUAACAAGGCCAGGUAUAAAUGCGAGGGAAGCAACAUCAUGUCCAAAACACCACUCAAAGCCGAGAUUGACAUGACUGUCUUGUUUUCACCAUUGCAUGUGACGAUUUCUGGUCCAACUGAAGCUCGAAUCGGGGACCCAGUGCCAUUGACCUGUUCAACUGCCAACAGCAAUCCGGCAGCUGAAAUCAAGUGGAUGGUUAAUGGUAUUCACUGGAAAAACGUUACCACCCGUACCGUUGUUUCUCCCGAAGGUGGUUGGAUUACAACGUCCAACAUCACAACCUACGUCGACAACAAUAGAAGGAGCCACGUCGUCAUCUGUCACGGCCUCAACCAGCAGCUGACAGAAAAUAUACUUUCCACUCAUACCAUCAACGUCUUAUAUCCCCCUGGCCAGCCGUUCAUCCACGGAUACACCCCGGGUCAAAAAAUAUCUGCAGGUACAGUUCAGAAAAUGUCCUGUACUUCUGCAGGUGGAAACCCGCUAGCUACACUUUCCUGGUACAAGAACGACAAAAAGAUUCAUUCCACUGUUAAAACCAACGAAAAAUCGGUGACUGCUGAGAUCACAAUUCUCACCAAUGUGACUGACAAUGAUGCAAGGUACAGAUGUGAAGCAGCAAAUACAGCUACUGAAAUUCCUUUGUUUGAGACCAUCACCAUGAGUGUUCUCUUCCCUCCGGAAACAAUCAAGAUAAGAAAAGAUCCAUUCGAGCUGAAGCCGAACGAAGAAGCAACUCUAACUUGUGAUUCGAGCUCUAGUAAUCCACCAGCAAAAUUGUCCUGGUGGCGAGAUGGUAUUCCAAUUCAAGGUCUGAUCAACACCACCAAACCAGGUUUGCACGGAGGAAAAGUGUCCAGUAUGGAGUUGAAAUUGAACAUCACUGAGCAAAUGAAUGAAGUCGUAUAUACUUGCCAAGCCACCAACGAGUUUCUACAACGAUCGGUUCACGAUGCGAUUACGCUCCAAGUGUUAUAUAAGCCUGUGUUUGAUGAGGAUAAUGAAAAGGCCGUGACCGGCAUCGAGAACGAGCCGCUGAUAAUAAGUUUGAAAGCGGACGGAAACCCGAAGAACAUCGCGUACACUUGGACCAAAGACGGAUUGCCGAUUAUGCAGACGUCGUCCUCGAGCACUGGAAUGGAAAGGAUUAUCUCCGACGGCCGCGUCCUCAACAUCACCAAACUCAGCAGGCACGAUGCCGGCGUUUAUUCCUGCGAGGCUCUCAACUCGCAGGGAAGUUCAAUGGCGCAUGUCAACAUUUCAGUCCAAUUCGGCGCCUCGAUUGUGGCAGUAAGUGAGAACGUGAUCGUGAACCCAAAAGAGGAUGCGACGCUCUCGUGCACCGCCGAGGGGAAUCCCUUGAGUGACGACUCCAUCAGCUGGAAGCGCGACGAUUUGGAGGACUUCAACGCCCGCACGUCCGUCAUGUACGAUAAAAACGGCACUUCAUAUCUCAGGAUUAGCUCAGUCAGCAGGGACGACCUCGGCAACUUCAAGUGCAUCGUCAACAACGGAGUCGGAAAUAUAACGACCAGAGACGUUAUGCUCAUUGUGAAACAUAAACCGGAAAUAGAUAAGUCUCCAAGUUUCAUGAAAUUUGCGAGCGAUGCUGGCGGAACGGCCCGCGUAAUCUGCAGAAGCUCAUCCUCCCCUCUGGCAAAGUACUCUUGGUCUCGAAACGGCGCCUCGAUCAACGUCAACUCUUCCGGCAAAUAUUACGCGAAAUACGAACAAAUUGACAGAUUAACUUCCCAAUCCAUAUUGAGUAUAACCCAUGUAACAUCAGCGGAUUACGGGAAUUACGAGUGCGUUGCCCGUAACGACUUGGGCUUUGCGACUAACUCGCCACGAUUGGAAGUGACUUCCGUGCCGGACACCCCGUCACUCCUACAAGUACUUAAUGUCACGCACGAUAGUGUCACUUUGGGCUGGACUCCGGGCUUCGACGGCGGUAUGAUGGCCAACUAUAGGAUUAGGUAUCGCGAAGUCGACGAUGAAGGAUACAAGUAUGAGGACGUGCUACCUCACAACAUUACUCAGUACACCAUCGUAGGGUUGGAGAUAAACACCGGUUACAUCUUCUCGAUAAUGUCUAUGAAUAAGUUGGGCAACAGCAAAUACAUGCCAGACAUUGUCAGCGCUAAAACAUCGAUUUAUACGAUCAACGAUCAAGUCGAGAAAGUCAUACCCGAGGAUUUGCUCGAAAAACAAGACCUUCCGCGCAUCGUAAUUAUAAGUGUUAGCAUAAUCGGAGUAGUUCUCGUCCUCAUCAAUAUUGGCCUUGUAGCCGGAUGUGUUUUCAAAAAGCGAUCGAAGAGACUCAGAGAACAAAGCAAUCAAAGCAGCAAGUCUGCUACUAUUGAGAUGUACGCACCAAGCAGCUACAACGAUACCGUGACCGGAGAGACACUUUCGUCGGUGAGUGAGAAGAGCGAAACUUAUAGCAACGAGGGCAGCAACAAUGAUUAUAUUGUAAGGGACGAGGGUCGCAAACAGGCCGCAAGUACUUAUCUGAUGGACCAGCAGGAUUACAGCUCGUAUCCAGUUUGUCCUGGUUACGAGAUGCAAAUCCAGCCUAACAUGGCCCACAAGACGCACACGCUUCCGCACCCUCAUCACCAUCACCAGCACCACGUGACAACCGACAGAACGAGGGCCAGGGAUGACCAGACAUUGGGCUAUCACAGCAGCAUCUCAGCCAAAUCUUCGUACGUGAGCGCCCCUUCACCGGCACCGCCCGCCGACGGUUCCUACUUCAACAUGUCCGACAGAUACCUGUCGUACCCACCGCCAUUGGACUUCCAAAAUCCUCCUCCGAUUCCGGCCCACCCACACCUAGGUCACCAUCACGGUAUGGCCCCCGCCACACCCCCUCUACCCUCGAACGGAUCCCUGCUGCGUCACCAGCAGCGGUCUGCGGUCCCGCCGCCGGACGUCCUACACAACACCAGCAGCAACCAACAGCAGAACCAACCGCAGAUCCUCCAGGCGCAGAACUUGAGUCAGAAGCGCGAGCUCACCAGCUUCGGAAACGGUUACAGUGUCAACGAACAGGAAGGUCACCUUGUAUGAGAUCCGGACGAUAUUCUCUAUGUCCUCUAACGCAAGAGAAUUGAUCAGCAGAAGCAAUGGAUCUAAUCGAAGCACUCGGGUUGCAACAAAACAAAAGUGAAAAUAAGUCUGAGACUUCGAAAGGGAAAUGUGCGUCAAGUCUCUAGGCUCUAGAGUUUUUAAGUGUCAAAUACUAUUAAUAAUCACAUAUAUUAUUAUAGACUAUGCAUGGUUUUCAUUUGCUCAAUAGAAGAGACAAGAAUCAAAUCAAAAAGCUCCCCCAAUCAUCACAAGUAAAAUAAUAAGGCAUUCGAUAUUAUGGAACAAAAAAAUAAUACAAAGAUUUUUAUAUAGUGUAAGACCGACGUGUAUAUUUAAAUUAACACAAGAUAAGCAGCAGAUGA